AUGGAUUGUCCUCCGACGAAGCUCGAUUAUCACAUAGACAUGUUCAAACUUCAAUCUCAAGCCAGAUUUCUCUCCUUAUAUAAGGCGCAAGAUGGACGCACGGCUCUGAUACUGGACUCGACUGUGUUUCAUCCACAAGGUGGAGGCCAGCCGUCGGAUACUGGCUUCAUCGUUUUCUCUGUUUCGGAUUUCAAGUUUUCCGUUCAAGAUGUUCGAUCGAAAGACGGAAUUGUUCUCCAUUACGGAGUUUUCGAAGGUUCGAAUGGUGAAAAUGGAACUGAGAAAGGGGGAGAAGUUCACUUGAUUGUUGAUGAAUCAAGACGCAAACUUAAUUCCAGGUUGCACUCAGCUGGACACUUGCUAGAUUUGUGUAUGCAGAAAGUUGGGUUAGGACAUUUGGAGCCUGGGAAAGGGUACCAUUUUCCGGACGGUCCUUUUGUGGAAUACAAGGGAGUCGUUCCACAGAAUGAAUUGCAGGGGAAGCAGAAAGAGUUGGAGGCAGAAGCCAACGAACUCAUAUCCAAAGGAGGAAAGGUUUAUGCUGCUAUCUUACCCUACGAAGAGGCAUCUGUGCUCUGUGGUGGCAAUCUUCCUGAUUAUAUUGCUAAGGGCAGCACUCCUCGGAUCUUAAGAUUAGGCGAAAACCCCGGGUGUCCGUGUGGUGGGACCCAUGUCUCCGAUAUAUCUGAUAUCAUAAGCAUGAAGAUCACGCAAAUUAGAACAAAGAAAGGAAUGACAAAAGUUUUCUACACCAUUGAUGCGUCUUAA